AUGCCUUUCGAACCCGUGACGAAGCGUACAAAAGCAGAGGUUGAAACUGUUGAGAGAAUCCCCGACCUGAAAAUCAUCAAACCAAAGGUUUUUCCUGAUGAUCGCGGUUACUUUGUCGAGCGAUUCAAUAGUGCUGAAUUUGCUGAGGAACUUAACUUCAAAGAGGAGUUCAAACAGGCAAGGGCCUACUUCUUUACCAAAUUUUGA